AACAAAAGCUAUCACAGGAUUGGAGCUCACUUCAGCUUUCGAAAACAUCUCUGGCCACUUUUUGAUUGUUUUACUAUAGAGACAGCAGAGAUCAUGGCGUAUGGAGGUGCCCUGUUUGGCUGUGAUGUAGGUUUUUGCUCUGAAUGCGGAUCGCUGCUGCCUGAGCCCAUACAGGGCAAGCUUGUCACUUGUCGUCUUUGUGCCCAUAGCAUGCAGGCGAAAAAAUACGAACAACAAGAAGAGUACUCAUCUGUUGUGUUCAACAAGUAUGAGCGCAAGGACAACCAGAAGAAAGUGGAUAUCAAAAAAGCUGAUGGACCAUUGGUUGAUCGCAAGUGCUCGGCAUGUGGGCACGAGGGUAUGACGUACUACACGCAGCAGACUCGCUCAGCUGACGAAGGACAAACCGUGUUCUACUGCUGUCCGCACUGCAGGGCGCAAGAAAAGGAGGACUCUUAGUGAGCAGCUUUGCUAACGGAUGUGUUCUUGUCUCACCAACGUGAGCCAUUGUACUAGUGUUCGGCUCUUUAAAGACUAGUGGCAGCUGUGGAACGGAAGAUCGUCUAUGCCAUCCAGAAUUCAUCAAACAAGGAACGUCAAUAAGCAGUGUUCGCUACAUUGCCUUGUUUUAUUGUCAGAUCUCAAGCGUUUGUCCGACAUGCACCUCUGACAACAUGGAACAUAUGGAAAGUGAGCGUUCCUGCUACCCAAGUGUGGCAUGCGCCGAGCCGUUCUUUCACGAAGUACAACAUGCAAUCGUCCGGCAGACCUCCUCCAUUCGCUACACUUCAGUCGACAGGAGCAGUCCCCUCAUGCUGUGUGGGCAAGCGUGACGGGGUGUGUGCGCUCACAGUGUCAUUUCCUGCUCUGGUCGUGGUGCGACAUUCUCUAACGUAAGCAGCUCAAGACCGGGCAUGCUGUCUUGCCGCACAGCACGCCGUACCCUCAACCAUGUGUCGACUGUGUGCUCGUAAUUGCGAAUCACUACAUAAUAUGGACUGUGUGCUCUCGAUGGUUCCUCGCUCGAUUACAGAUCGCAACUGCUUUUCACUGAUUAACUAACCCGAAGUUGAUAGCCCCCUCUUUUCUUCUCUUAUUUCGUCACCAAGCUUACGCAGUACUUGUGUUCUUCGAGCAGAGUUGAUAAAUAUCAUGAAGAAGAUAAUCAAAGCAAAACUACUAAUAAUUAUUAUGUUGUGCCACCUGGUGUGGUGGCACUCAAGUAACAGAGCAAUGCAAGUUGCGAUGGAAAAGAGAGAAGAAACUACGGUA